AGUGUCAACGGCCUGAGAUGGAAGACGGUGGUGAAGAGGACGACGAUGAUGACCAAGAGUCUCAGUACGGCAUGGCCAGGCAACGGUAUUUUCGCCACGUGGUCUACUGGCUGGCAUCUGAUUCUGAGCAAGAAAUUCCCCUUGUUGUGCAAGAUGCAUAUUUGAGAAUGGUUUGCAUUUUGUUGCAGCCACAUGAGAUCGAAGACAUGCUACAUGAUCGUUGGGAUGCAAGAUCUCAACGACUCCGGUUGAUCCCUGAGAAGCCAAGCCAUAUUGUCCUUUUGUUGAUUCAAUGGUUCACUCAGUACCUUCGCCGCUUCCCAGAACUGCAUGUCUUUAGUCCUCGUAUUUCUCCUGUGGUCGAAGCUAUCGAUGCGCAAAUCGCAUUCGCACUGACGCCAUAUUUCAUUCGAGACCAUUUGCUCCUUUUGCUGUUGGAAGUUCUAAAAGCAUACAAUGAGCAGAACGUGUGGAAGCGCUGGUGGGCCACAAACUUCUUGGCCUCUGGCGCAGCACCUACUGAAUUUGCUUUGGGAGGGCCAGCUGAUCAGCCACCAGGAGCUGACAAAGUGGCUCAAGAUUUCGAACACAUGGUCACGAAUGGAACCUUUGAACCGCAAAGUUCUUCGACCGAAGGUCAGGAAAAAACAAGGGCGAGAAGAUGAAGAUCUUCAAGAUGGUCCGGACAUCCUUACACAACUUUGGACAGUCCUUUUUGAUCAACGAGAUUGGUGUCAUCGUGAAUGGCAGAUCGAUGAAGAGAUGUGCGUUUGCAUUCAGCAGAUUCUCGACCUUGGGCUUUGUGACAAUGAUCAGCGCACUCGGGCCUAUGACCUGCUGCAACGCAUCGGACCUGAAAAGACUUCCAUUACCAAAAGCAUCCUGAAGUCUGUGGCAUCUGAAGCACAUGACUCCGGUGUGACAGGUUUCCUCACUGCUCAGUUGCAACGUCCUUGGUGGCCUCAAGAACAAAGCGCUUUCAAGGAAGAUGUCUUCGAAGAAGUUGACGAAGGAGAUCAGGGAGACCAAAGAGAAGGAGAUCAUGUCUCCUCUCCUGAUGCUUCAGGAUUUGGAUUUUCAGCCUCAGCUUCUGGAGCAUUUGGAGCUUCUUCUACUGGAGCUGGUGAUGACUUUGGUGAGCUUUGGAAGGUCACUGCAGCAAGGGUUGGCCGCCAUGCGCAGACUUCAGCUCAGGAGAAGCUUGCAGAUCAAGAACACUCGAAGCCGUUUCGCAGCCAUUUUGGGCACCAAGAGCUCGCGGCGCAAGCGGAUGCCUUUGUGAUGCCACGAGGCUUGCAGAUGCCUUUGUCAACCAAGGUAGCCAAAGAGGAAGAGGACUUGAAGGACUUCAUGUAUGAGCUAGUGGAACUCGGUGAUGCGAAGCUGGCACAGAACCUUCGAAUUGAUGUAAACCUUUGGAGGAGACAACAACUCACGCAUCCCAGCUUUGAGCUCUUCGGAACGGAUGAGAAGAGUUGGAAUGUCCAUGAAGCCUUGCUGGAAUCGAUGCGGAGCUUGGGUAUGAAACUCUUUUUCGAAGAAAACGUCUUGAUGACCAUUCUCAUGGAAGUUCAUGUGACUAUCGAGACUCAAGACAUCAAAGAGGCCUUGUUUGCGGCGAAUGCUCAGAAUUCCCAUGCUAGUCAAGCCCAUGACGGUGAUAAGGACAUGGCCAUGACGGCCAUGAACCAGGUAUACUUUGAAGUCGAGGUUGAAAGAGGAACAUCUUCCUCAAGCGGGGAAGGUUCUUCAAAUCAUUCUGAGAUCAUUUUCUUGGAAAACUUCUCAUACGUCCUGGGGCGCAAGAAACUAUCCCUUCAAGUGCUUGGAGCGGAGACUGUCACCAUGAGAUCCCGAUGCUUAUUCGAUUCCCGUGGAGCAAAGGUCACAGUUGCCAAUCCGAGAAUCAUUGCUGUGACAAGUCCCCGGAGCUUUGACUCGCAAGUGAUUCAGAAAGUUGUGCAUCUUGGCAGUCAACAUCAUGCGCUCAGCAAUGAGCCAGGGAAUCAGAGUCAGAGCGCUCUUGAACCCAUGAGUGAGAAGAAGAAGAUUUCCCGGAUGGUCAUUCAUGAGUUCAUGCCGCGCUACCGAAACAUUUUGGUGGAUAUUGUAGAAGAGCAAUGCUUUGGCUUGAGCGGUGGAGUGUCUGGCCUUGAUCAUGUGAAACUUCAAAGGAUAUUGGAAGCAGAGCACCAAUACGUUGUUGCCAUGAUGAACAGAGCUUGCAGCUAUGUAAUGCUGGAGCACUUGCUCACAAAGCUUGACAUUGAUCGCAAGGAUUGGGAACUCCAGGUCCAGCAGACAUUCCCAAAUUUGACACGGGUUUUUGAAACCUUGAGCGAGCAUUCUGUUGAUGAGAUGACUGACUCUGAAGUCCCCAUCAUUCUCUAUCGAGAACCGGAAGAUGAGCGGAUGGACACUUUGAGAUCAUGGAUUCUGCGCAUUUGCCACGUGGUCAGGUCAGUUGCAUUUACAAACCAGCCUCGCUUAAGCUUCUCUGAAGAUGGAGCAAAGCUGGUCACAGAAGACGAAGAGAAUAUCUUUGAAAAGCUCUUUGAUGACACAGGGGAAAUGCUUUUGUCGAGAGCUUGCUGCGCAUCCUUACUGAACAUUUUGCAAGAAAUAUUCACACGACAGGAAGAUGUCGAAGAGGAAUGGGAAAGGUGGACGCCUUCACAACAGGUAAGUCACCAGUUCUUGAAGUCCUUUGUUGUGGAAAAGGCCAUUUUCUUCUGCCCUUUCAGCAUCGACCGGGAUCUGAAGAGAAAAGUUCGCCUGAGAUUGCUGAGGUUUUUUGAGGAUGCGCAAGUUGAGCCUACGGAUCCACUGCGUUUGGUUCCUGAAAUGCUGUACCACCCUGAUGUUUGGCUUCGAUUGGAGGCCCUGAAGUUGGGUUGCAAUUUAUUGGAGGAUGCUGACCUGAGUCUUCAGGCUGCCUUUCAGCAGUUUGAUUUUCCUCAGUUGAAUUUGCAGAAGGCUUUGGCGUAUCAAUUCUCAGAUUUUCAUUCCAACGAGCAACAUGGGGAAGAUGAUGUCCAAGUCAUCGGUGUAAUGCUGCGGAAGCUGCAAAAUCUUUGUGAAGGUCACAACUCCACGUUGCAAGCAUUUGUUGGCGAAGAUCUGUCCAUCGAAGGGAAGGACUUUGCAACACUCAUGGCAGAAUACUUGCAGAAGAGUGAGGAUGAUGACGACGAUGACCAGGAUCGCAAUAGCUUUCAAAAUCCCACGAACUUGGUGGAGUGGAUUUGCACUCUGGCAAGGCAAAGCAUUGAGCAGAUGAAGUCAGAUCAGCAGUGGCAAGUUUCAAUGAAAGGUUCGGAGAUCAAGUACUCAAUGCUGAAGCAGCUCUUUGACACGGCAGCAGAAAUUGUUCAGGGUCCCAACCGUGGAAAUCAGCGGUUGCUGUUGGAAAGCGAAAUCCUUCUUGAUGUAAACCAGCUAUGGAUGCGACAGCGCAUCGAUGAGUUUACCUUUCGAGCUCUAUUGCAAGACAACGAAGAAUUGUUUGAACCCUUUAUGAAAUUGUUGGAAUCCAUGCGGCUCUGUGAGAUUUCGGUGCUGAAAUUUCUGAUGAGUUUGCUCGAGGAGGAGGAGCUCGACCCCGAAGACCCGAAUUUCCGGGAGGUUUCGGAGGAACUGGUGGAGCAUAAAGGAACAACCAUUCGGCGGAUGGUCGAAGAGUUAAACCCGAAGAUCAUCUGUGACAAGGUGAUCAAUCAUUGGAACCUUUCUCCAGAAUCCCGUGAUCCCAUACAUUUCAUCAGCCCGGUGCAAGAUGCCGACGAAGUCAUUGAAAAUGACACCGCUGAGCAGAUCAUACGCACCAAGGGAGAGAAGGAAUCCACUGACUAUCCACUUGAGACCCAGGAAGAGCAUUCGCUAGAGCUUUGCUUUCUUUGUUGGGCUCUCUUCGAGGGUAUUCAGCAAUCACCGGAGUUUGGCAAUCGCGGCUUGUUUGAGGGAACACUAGAUCGUGGGCAAACUGCCAAUCUCGUGCUGCAUACACGCAAUCAGUGGGCAACUUCAAAGUCCAAGAUUUACGACAGCUUUAAUGAAGCAGUCACAAAGAUGCACCACAGCAAGUAUCUUCACUUCCUUUUUGGUCGGGUGGAGAUCAUCCGAGGACAAAGGUUACAAAAGCUGUUCUUCUUGGUGCCCAAGGCCAUCAGAACUUUGAAAGCUCAGUCAUUGAUCAAGGAUUGGCAGAACUCUUGCACAAAUUCCGUGGACAGAACAGGUCCUGAGGCAAAGUUGCAAGACUUUUCAGAGCAAGUGCGGGAUGAAUACAUUGGAUUUGUGGAGCAUCAGUACAAUUUGAGCCAGAAGCCAUUCCCACUGAAUGCCUCUGGGGAGGUCAUGGCCACAGCGCGGAGUGCCAUUGUCUUGCUGACCAUUGGCAUCACCUCUGUUGUGGCCUUCCUUUACGAUGGCUCCUAUUCCAAAGAUCACAAAAUGGGUGAGUAUGACGUACAUUACACCAAGAAAUGGUAUGUGUGGGUCUUGACUUCACUCAGCACUGCUCAUUUCGUUUGUGCAGUGCUCUUGGUCCUAUUUCACAUCGUUGCAUACAGUCAAUGGAAGAUCGAUACAGGCUUGGACCAAUGGAAGGAAGACAACCCACAUUCCCACCACCGACUGAACGGGAUCUUUGGAGCAAUUUUGAUGCUUUGGUUCUUCUUCCAGGAUGCCGGUUUGGUCAGCAAGCUCUUUUUGGCUGGAACAAGCUUUCUUGGGCUUCAUGUAGACUUCCUGAUCUAUUCCCUCCAUUUGAUGUAUGCCUGUGCACAAGUUGAGACUUUGGGAAAAGUCUUUGAAGCCUUGUGGAUCACCAAAGAUCAGGUGGUGGGCACGGCCGUGCUGGGAUUUUGUGUCCAAUACUGUUUCUUAGUUUUGGGUUUCCUCACCUUUCCCAAGGGCUACGGCUUCGCUGACAUGGAUACCUCGAAGUGCUCCUCCUUGAUGGAGUGCUUGCUGGCUCAUCUGGACUAUGGUUUCCGCUCCGGGCCCGUUUGGGCCACCGCGGAACUGUCUUGGUGGAAGUUUGCCUUCGAUUAUUUGUACAACUUGGUGGUGAUUCUCAUCCUGGCAGCGAUUAUCUCAGGUAUCAUUAUUGAUACCUUUGCAAAUAUGCGUGCUGAUCUACAGGAGAAGAACGACGACCAACAGAACAACUGUUUCAUAUGUGGGAUCAACCGUUCAACCAUGGAGCGCCAGAUGGUCAAAUUCGAGCACCAUGUCUUCCAGGAGCACUACAUGUGGAGUUAUGCUCGGUUCUUGAUGUAUUUAAAGCAAGCGAAGGACUCUGACUUGAAUGGCCCUGAGUCCUACGUGAAAGACCGGAUUUCCAGGCAGGAUUACUCCUUCUUCCCCAUCAAUCGAGCCCUUUCGCUCGACUCUGAUGAUGAGGAUUAUUCGGAACGGCAAGUUCGUAUCAAAGAUCUGGAAGAAAUGAGAGGAGUUGUUCGUCAAUGCUCAGAGAGCUCACAACAAGUGCUGCAGCUGAAGCGUGAAGUGAAGACCGUCCUGAAAGAGUCCAAUGAGGCCGUCUCUGAGAUGCAGAAGCGGCUACACUUCCUGUCUGGGGAUGUCCAGAAGAAGGUGCAAGAUGCAAUGCUGCAGAAAGCUGCACAGGAAGCACGGGAGAAAUAGGAGAAGGACACGAGAAACUACUAGAUGCAGGUCACGAGCGAAGAAAAAGAGACCAACUCGAAGAACGCUAAGGAUUAGACGAAGAAGUCAAGAAGUCAAGCUGAGCACCUUGGAACCACAGCUACUAGUAGCAAGAAGCUACUAGGUUGGAGGCCAUCGCUACUAGUAGCAAGAAGCUACUAGUAGCAAGGUGCAUCGCUACUACCAAGCUGAGCAACUUGAAGGACAAGCUGGGCGAAUCCACCCAAGAUGAGACCGACUUCAAGUCUAAUCCAUCCAGUUUGCUGGCUGUGCUUAUUCACCUCGGCCAUGGUUCGUCAGCUCCAACAUGGCCAACUCUCUUUGUCGCCAACUUUCGUUCAAUUUGAUGGGCUUGCGAAAACUGGUGGGCCCCGAAGGCAAGCUUUCAAGCACGGGUCAGACAGGCAAAGACUUUGCGAACAUUCAACCCUUCAUUGCACAAAUAGCCAGCAAGCUAGCGACUAGUGGACUUGCAAAUGAACAGAUGGAAUUGCGGUUCACGACUUUGAAGGAAGCACGAUGCUGAGCUGUGUGAGGCUAAUUUGGGCGGAAACAUGACAGAUGCAAAAUGCUUAAUGUGCUUAAUGCUUUUACAAAUGCAAAAUUUGAGAUUGCAUGAGAUGCUUUGCAAGGCCAUGAAGGUUGUUUUAGAGGUGAAGAGCGAGGACUAAUCGAUACUAUUUCUGAGCAAUAUUUAUUGAUUCAAUCCUGUGGGAAGAAGCAGGAAUUAAAGCUGGCGUGAAUUCUGAAAUAAGACCUGCUUGUCCUCCCUUUGCUUCUUGACAACUCCCCCGCGCUGUGAACACCGCACCGGGGGCUGUGUACAAAGGCAACAAGAAAUGUGCA